AUGAUUCAGAACGAGGGCACGGCCAUGGAGGCCAGCGAGGGCAUGGUUCGGAACGAGGGCAAGGCCAUGGAGGCCAACGAGGGCAUGGUUCGGAACGAGGGCGCGGCCAAGGAGAAUAACGAGGGCAUGGCCAAGGAGGGCGUCGGCAACGAGGUGAAGGAGAAGAAGGACGUGGGGGAGGCGAUUCCGGGCAGAGUGGCAGCACCUCCUAAAUCGCGAGUGCUCCCGGCGGGCAAAGGCCCACCCAUGAUGGCCUACUACAAGGGCAAGAGCAGGCCGGUUGACGCUCAACUCGUCGGGUCGUUGGCGGAGGAAAGACCGCCUGGAGGACCUGCCGCCAUCGGGAAGCCAGCUGCGGGCCAAUUCUACGAAGCGUUGAAGGACAUGGAACGAAAUGAUCCCAAAGGUCACGUUGGGUGCUUCUGGAAGUUGGCCGCAGGGAGAUACUUGGAGUCCCCCUUCUCCAGAUCUCUCCCUCUGGCCAGGAAGAAGCUUGACGGCUUCCUGGAGGCGAAGGGAUGCGAUCCUGGCAGGAAGGAAAGCGACCGGGUUUGCGAGGUGAACUUCGGAAGGUUGCACGCGGCCUUGGUCUGCAUCGACGACGUGGACCGGGACUACCUCCUGGAGAUGGCGGCUGGUGGCGUCGAGAUCGGCGUGGACACGGAGCUCCCCAGGGUGCCGGCGGUCUUCGAGGAGAAGACCAAAUGGUCUCUGGAGGCGGUGGACGCUGAGCUGGAGGAGCGGAGAACUACGAGUCGGCCAAGCUCUCCAUGGAGCAGAUCAGGCAUCAGGUGGAGGCGGAAAUGGAGAAAGGGAUCGCAGUCGGAGGCGGAGAAGGAGUUCAGCGGGAGGCUGGCAGUGGCGGCCCUAGGGGCUGUACCAAAAGAACUCGGGUCUGAGAAAGUCAGGCUGGUGCACGACGGCAGCUACUCGGUCGACAUCAAACGGCGCAUACGGGUGCGUGACCGAGUUCGCUUCCCACUGCUGGACGACGCUGAUGCGGUCCUGAGAGGCGUCAAAGAAGACACCUCCGGGGGCCGGGACGUUCGCUUCUCCCUGACCUGUGACGUGGCGCACGCACACAGGUUGGUUCCCAUUGUCAAGCGGGACUGGGGACUGCAAGCUUUUCGGCUCGAUGGCUCCAGCGACAUCUAUGUGCACACCAGGGGCACCUUCGGCAUUGCGUCUGCGGCCUACUGGCUGUCACACCGGCUGGCGACCAUGGAGCUUAGCCUCUAUCACCUCCUCUAUGCGGACGACGGGUGGCUGAACGCGUCAGGCAACGACUUCGUCCGGAGGCUGCUCUUCUGGAUCUGGUGCCUUGAGUUGAUGGAGUUGCCACUGACGUGGAAGAAGGUUAAAGGAGGCGUGGUGGUCCAGUGGAUCGGCUACAAGCUCGACGUCAAGAACUUUGUGAAGGGCAUCAGCCUCAAGAAGCAGGAGUGGAUAGUUGCCUGGGUGGAGAAGCGCCAAUCGGAAGGAGGGGCCUUGUCGCACGUACGCCCGUUCUUGGGCGUCCUCUUCGCUUGGGCAGCGGUGUUGGCUAUGGGGACCUUUGCCUCUCUGCCAUCGGCAGUGGCCUUGGUCCUGCAGCUGAUCAAGAUGGAAGUUCAAAGGCGAAGGUUGGGGCCGGUCUCUCAUGUCCCGGUGGCACGAGUCGACUUCUUCCGUAUCGAUGCCAAGGCCGAGGGGCAGGAGAUCGUGCUGGGCGGCUGGGAGUCGUGGAAGGGGCCCACUUCGACGGCCAGAUGGUUCUCGGUCCGCCUCAACCGCGAGAACGCACCAUGGGCCUACGCCAAGGGCAAGCCGUUCAGGGCCAUCGCCUCUCUUGAGCUCACGGCGGUGCUCUUGGCCACCAUGAUCUUCGGCAGGGACGGUGGGCUGAAAGAGGCCGGCGUGCACGGAGUGCUAUCUGGCUUCACAGACAGCGCGGUGUCGAUGUACGUCCUGGACAAGUACAUGAGCUGCUCUUUCCCGUUGUCGGUCAUCUUGAUGGAGCUGUCCGUGCAAUUGGAAAAGCUGGAGGUUGACAUGAUGCUGCGCUGGAUUCCCCGUGAGCAGAACAUCGAAGCGGAUGCUCUGACGAAUUCGGCCUUUGAAGGGUUCGAUCCGGGCAAGCGCAUCAAUGUUCGGUUCGAGGACUUCAAGUUCGAGGUCCUCGAUCAGCUCAUGGGGGAAGCCCAGAAGAUGGACAGCGAGAUCCGCCUGGUGAAGAGCUCCAAGGAGCGCAAGACGAUUGCCUGGUCCGAGAAGAAGGCGGAGGACCAGGUGAAGAAGAGGCCUGAACUGAUCGCCAGAUCCCGGCUGAAGCAGCUGCUGAAAGAUCGGGACACCGUGCAUCAGGACGAGCUCAUCGACAUGCUCGUCAAUGAGCUCGAGGCGCCCCACACACAGUCCUCCUUGCCGCGGAAGGAGCCGAUCUACUCCUCUCACAAAUCCCUGAGCGGUGCUGACGUCAUGACCUUGGACCAGCCACUGCCAGACGCGGCGGCCAGCGCGGCCUUGGAGCCCCGGGGCUUGGCGGGGGGCCCCGCGUCGCUGAAGCUGCUGCGGGGCGACAUCGAGGCCUUUGUGGUGACCCAGCGCCACAAUCGAGACCACGAGGUGGACGUGAACCAGCUCAUUCACAACAUCUACCAGCCGCCGGACGAGAAGAAGGUGAUCCACUACGUCAACGACGGCCUGAACCGGGCGCUACGAGGCAACCCGCCCCCCAGGGAACGCCCCGCAGAUUCCGAGAAGCCGCGGUACGAGAACUACUGGCAAGCCAGGUACGUCAUGGAGGCCUUGGCAGAUGCCAUCGCCUUGGUGGAGAACUCCAACGGCGGCAAGCUGAAGCCCUCCAAGAUGUUCAAACGCCUGGACUUCGACAACGACGGGUACCUCAGCAUGUCGGACCUGCGCAGCGCCUGCGAGAAGUACAAGAUCGCCAACAGCAGUCCAGACCUGCACGCAUUGUUCAGCUUGCUGGACAAGGAUGACCGCGGUGCUGUGGACAUCGGUGAGUUCACGCGCAACUAUCAGGUGCACCAGGGCUCCCUGCUGGACUCCAUGAUGCGGCCCAUCAAGUCGGUGAAGCACGAGGGCGGCGUGGAGUUUGGGGGCCCUGUGCAGGAGAAAUUGGACGCCCACAUGAAGGAGCUUGAGGAGCGAUAUCACAGUCAGGCCCUGCGCUCCAGCUCAGCGCCUCCGAAUAGCGGAGACGAUGCUGGAAGCGGCUCGAGGCACUUGUCUGCCACUCUGCCGCCACGCACCGGCAGCCAGGCUGGCAGCCAGGCUGGCAGCACACACUCGCAGAUCAGCCGCACCGGCAUGUCUAUCGCAAGCUCCAAUCCUAUCUAUUCGUCCCAGGUGAACCAACUCCGUGGCAACGCGCGCAUCAGCGACGUGAUCCGGGCGCGGUUCAACGCUUGGAAGCCCGACAAGCCCGGGGCCGACGUGGCUCAAUACCUCGCGAGCCUGCAUUCCCGAGGCUGCGCGGCCCAGGAGGUCCGCUGCGAAGACGGCCUGGUGACGCAGCUGGUGCUGGAUGUGCAGAAGCUCCGGGACAGGGAUUCGAAGACGAGCGAUGACAUGGUGGUGUCGUCCCUGGCGCAGUGGCGGGCCGCGCGGUCCCUGAAGCUCCUGAAUAUCAAGGGGCUGGAAGGCGGCGCCCUGCCGAAGCAGCUCUGCCGCUUCAGUCAGCUGGAGUCCUUGCAGCUGAACGGGAACGGUUUCACCUCGGUGCCCGCGUGCUUGGGCAAUCUGAAGCUGCGGGAGCUCUUGCUCGGGGCGAACAGGCUGCAGCAUCUCCCCAAACAGCUGGGCAAGAUGCAAAGCCUCAGAAAGCUGGGCUUGGGCAGCAACAAUUUCAGCGACUUCCCGAUGCCUGUGCUGGACAUGCGUCAAUUGGAGGAGCUGAUGCUGCAGCACAACAAGCUGUCAGAAAUCCCUGCCAGCCUGACGCGCCUGAGCAAGCUCCAGCGCCUGAAUCUGGUCUCCAACAGGUUGGCGCUUCUGCCGGUUGAGCUGGGCCAGCUGCGCUUGGCCGAGCUGCUGUUGGACAACAAUCAAUUGGACCAUGUUCCCAGCAGCCUCAAGCCGCUUUGGCUUGCAGGAGGAUUGCAUGUGGAUGGGAAUCCAAUGCAAGAUCGCGAAGAGCUGUGA